UACAGUACUUUUAUCUGAAAUUGGUGUGACUUAAUCACCUCCAAUUGUGUUCUGUCAAUUAAAAUGAAAGUUUUACUGCAGUUCAUCAGUGUUAGUAACGCAUCAGGGUAUAUAUUGUGCUCUGUUACCCGUCUGACCUUCCACGUGUUGACUAUUGACACAGACAGGAUCUGAUAACAAGACCCUAUAUAAGGCUGGCCGAACAGUGAGGUUGUUCUAAAGAUCUCUGAAGAACAGAAAAGAAACCAUGCUUUCAGAAAAAGCGAUCAUCAUCAUUUUUGCCGUUACAAUUUUGGAAAUUUCAGCUCUCCCACUUCAUCGUGACACCAGGGAAGCCACUUGGACUGAUUACAAGGCCAAUCAGGCUCAUCCAAAGUCAAAAAUCACAAAGGAAUCGGAUAAGAUCUACAAGACCCACAUAGAUGACGGUGACCUCUACAAUCAUGAGGAUGACUUCUACAAGAACGCAUUGUCGGGAGAGAUGCAGCGUAAGCUCCUGAUGGAGUCGGAACGCUUGCGAGAGCGUUUGCGUCAUGAGCUGGCUGAACUGAGAGAGAGGCUAGCUCCAUCCCCUUCCCAACUUUCUUCCGCGAUGGCCAGCAUGAGAGAUCGCUUGGCCCCACUCACUCAGCAGCUCCACAACAAUACCAAGAGUCUUUGCCACCAGCUCAGGUUGUACCUUCACGGUCCGGACAUGGUCGACGCCAAGCCAGAUCCCCUUGUCCACAGUUGGAUGACACAAAUACUGGAGCAGAGUGGCUCGCACCUGACUGACAUCUUGUCUGACUUCAUUGCUAAAACCAGAGAGGUGACGGAACACCUAAGGGAGACGAGUGAGACAGAGGCAGCAAAUACAGGAAUCUGGCAGGGAUUUAGCUCCAGGUUAGGACAGGAAGUGAUUUCACUGAAGGGGGAGGCACAGAAUAGUUUGGAGACUCUUAAAAUAGAGCUCGCCAAUCAGUUGGACACUGCGUUGCCUCUCGGGGCCUCAGUGGAACGCUUCUGCCAAAUUUCAGCACAACAGAACCAAGCCUUCGAGGCCAGGGUAGAAAGUCUAUUUGCAGCAAUGGAGGAUGAGCUGGAAGUUCAGUCCAAUCCUUCCCACUCUGGCGUCUCAUUGCAGGAGGACUUCUCCAUCAAACUGUCUGCUCUCAUCGAGGAUAUUUUGCAUUCAGUGCAGUGAACACGCAUCACUGUAGAAACUCUAACUGAGGCACAGUCACCUUGCAGUUGUUCAUUUAGCACAUUGCUGGCUCACUAUUUGGUGAGUAGUCUAUACAGAGUGACAGAAACAAUCCGGGACUGGUAUCACUACAGAUAACGUAACAAUUCAAAGUAGAAACCUAAACAUUUCCCUUCUAAAGUAACACUUUUGCUUUGAUGUUAUGCACUGCUGCCACGAUUCCUUCUCAGCAGCCAGGAAUUGUCAGUUGUCUGGGGCAUUGUGACAAAAAAUCGAAAUGGUGAUACUUUGCAUCCCUACAGGUUAUCAAUAUGCGCCUGCCAAGAAUCGAUAUACUGUAAUUUCCGGACUACAAGCCGCUACUUUUUUCCCUCAUUUUGAAUUCUGCGGCGUAUGCAAUGAUGUGGCCAAUUUAUCAAUUUUUCUAACGACCACCAGGAGCGCUCGAGCAUAAAAUGUAACCGUAAAACACGUCGAAUAUAUGUGUCGAGGAAGACAAUAGUUUGCACUCUUACCCGUAUUUUAACUUUGUGCUUUGUGCACGAAUAAAAGUAGCAGACCCUCAUCUUUGUGCAUUAGUAAAAUUAGCAGACCCGCAUCAUGGAAAAUGCUAGAAGAAAUGGAUAUGACGUGCAGAGUUGAAUUGAAGGCUUGGAUGAGAGAUUGUUUACCAAAACUGGAGCACGCGAAAAGCAACUUUUACACAAGUCUGACAGCGUGGAGCAGUGUAAAAAAAAUCUACCAUCACCAACGGGUUUCGAAAAGACGGUCUGCUGCGUGAAGAAGAGGACGACACACGCUCAGGAGUGAGCUUGAGGAGUCCGCUAAGUGCCGUUUUGCUGGUGCUCUUGGGAAAGAAAAGUUAAGAUAUUGUAACGUUGACAAAGAGUCACCCGCUUAGUUAGGUUGCAAUUCUUUAUUUUGGAAACUCGUGGAACAACACACGACUGCUGUAUGCAGCAGUCGACGCGCACACACGCCCACAACAACAGGAAGGGACGUCUCUCGCUCUUCCGCACCUCGCUCCCGUAAGUCACGCGCUAUAUUUAUAACCCGUUUCGUUAAAGUAUGUUAUUAAAACUCAGAAAGCUCUGUGUAUUUCUUCAUAAAUAUCUCAUGUUACUAUGUGGGCACACGCGGCUUAUAAACAGGAGAGGCUUAUUAUGUAUGUACAAAAUGGUUUUUCCUUUAAAAAUGUACUGGUGAGGCUUGUAAUCAGGGGCGCUCAAUAGUCCGGAAUUUACGGUAAUCAGCCAGGAAUUGUCAGUUGUCUGGGGCAUUGUGACAAAAAAUCGAAAUGGUGAUAAAUCGUGAUUCUUUGCAUCCCAACAGGUUAUCAAUAUGCUCCUGCCAAGAAUCGAUAUAUAUCAUUUUUAAAAGGUGUCAAUGUUUAAAAAAAAAAAAAAGAAAGAAAAGGAACCAACAAGUUGCUACCAAAAUUUUCCACUAGAAUAGUGUCUGCCAUUGAUGGCGAUAGACGCCCAAUCCAUUUAGACAGGGACGGGCGAUUGAAUGUUCAUUCAUUCGAAACCAGAGUAUUCACAGCCAGUCUUUCCGAUUUUCAAGGCAUUUACAGGUCACUUUCUGUUCGUUUUAGGGCAUUUACAAGUCACUUCCUGUUGAGUUUGAGUCACUGCCUAUUCAUUUGGGGAGAUUUCUGGGUCACUUGCUCUGUAACCCAAAAUAAACAGGAGGUGGCCAAUAGAUGCCCCAAAAUCAACAGGAAGUGACUGAAAAUCAACCAAAAAAAUGACUUGAAAUCCCCCCAAAUUAAACCCAUUGAUUGCAAUUGACUGCCAUAGACGUCCAAUUUGUUUGAAGUGGGAGGGAUGGCAGCGACUGAACGAAUGGACGUCUUCUAGUGAUAAACUCAAUUCAAAUCACAGCAGAAGGAUGAAAAUAGCUUGUUGUUUAUUUAUUACUUGUAUAGUGAAAUAUUGUAGAAUUAUUUCCUGACCCAUGCUAAUUGAUAAUUGCUAUAUCGCUUUAUUGUGAGAUAAUCGUUAUUGUGAGCCUUUUAUCGAAAAUUGUAUCGUAUCGUGAGGUUUCCACCCCUAAUUCUGAUCAGGCACGUGGCAAUUUUCAAGCACAAGCCUUCUGACACUUAACAAAGAACAUAUUCCCUUUGUACAGCCAGCAAACGUGCUAUUGAAUUAUCUGGCCAACAUUGAAGGGAAAAAAAAUGUUUCUAAUUUGGAGUUAGGAGUUGAAAUAUAUUUUUGUGACACUACUCCUGGAAUCUUUCUGACACAGUAUUUGUUGAAUUAUCUUUUAUAUUGCAGGUCUUCUCAGAAGAUGUUAAGUGUAUUUUUAUACAUACAAGAAAGACUGAUAAAGUGUACUAUUUCACAAAUGUAUUUUUUUAAAGGUAUUUUUCUUUAUUCCUAGUCAUAAAAAUAAUGAUGUAUCAAUGUUCUAGCACCAAAAGAUACAUUUUGGGUUGAAUCUUAAAAGGUUUGAGGCAUUGGCCUGAAAGCCUUAGAAUUAUUUUGUUGUUGUUUUGCUGUUUUGUCUGCGUACAAUUUCAAGUACAAUUCAUUGGGAGCUUUUGCAUCAUGCUGUAUGACGUAAAAAGAUUGAGUAUGUAAAAUAGACCCUGGGCAAUCUUUACACAAGCUUCAUGUUUAAUGUCACCAUGUAAAUAUUUUCUAUAUUUCUGUAAAUAUACAUGUGAAAAUGCUGAAA